AUGCCGUGGUCCCCACUGGAAAAUGAUUUCUUAUCAACAGAGGAACAAUGGAAGCUGCAAGAUUGGAAGAUGCAUGCAAAGCACUAUGGAUAUGAAUCAAUGCAUAUUGAGAUGGUUCUUGUUCUCAUUGCAGCCUUAGCUGUUGCCCAGAUUGAAGUCAUUACUUUGAAAUGACUGUCUCAAUUUUGUCAACAGCUAGUCACACUACUGUAUGUGUGGGUUGUUCCUCUUUAUUUCACCAUUAGGCUCUACUGGUGUAGAUCCCUGUCCGUUUGGGGAAUGUUCUCGGUUAUUAACAGUCACAUCACUUUCAGAGCAACCUGCAAGCCUUUCUUGGGAAGAACACAGCGCUUGGUCUACAAAUGUUUCCUCCUGAUCUAUAAACUGAUUUAUGCAUUUGGAAUUGUGGAUUAUCUAGCCAUAAUGUUUGAUUUAAUUUACACCAAUACUAUGUUUGGAUUUAAUUUAUUCUUUAGGUCAUCUGAUGGAUCCAUGGAUUUUGCUGUGACCAUUUUUUAUGGACCGUACUAAGGAGUGAUGGAAAGAGACUUGGCAGAGAUUUGUUCUGACUACAUGGCUUCCACCAUUUGUUUUUACACCAUCAGUGGCAUACCGACAUGAAAUUUGUCCAAUGAUAUCUGUGCAGUCUGUGGGCAGAAAAUUUUUGUGGAUAUAAAUGAAGAAGGGAUCAUUGAAAAUACCUACCAGCUGUCCUCAAACAAAAUGAUAGUUGAAGAUCUGCUGCUGCAGCUGGAGAAACCUGCUCAAGUGGAAGCAGAUUGA